AUCUGAUAGAAAAGUUACUGACAAACUUGAACAAUACAUCAUUUUGUAGAGCGUGAAAAACUGCGUCGAUCUAAACUAUUAGUUUUUGUAUUGAAUACACGAAUGAAAAAAGUAUAGGUAUCAUACUUACUGCCUGAAAUACUCAAAAGUGAUAUAGAUCCCUCAGACUAUUUCGAACUCAAAUUUUAUUUUUGCGUUGAAUUACAAGCAAAAGAAAUAUACAGAUAUGUGCAGAAUUUCAAGCUUUAUCUUUCUAAACUAAUGGAAGUCAAAACUAGUGGGGUGGCAGAUUUACGAUCUUAUCCGGCGGUAUCCUUUUCUUACAUAUUGCAUUUUAUUUAAUGUUAUAAAGUAAAAAUAAAUCAUAAUGUUGUAGGCCAUAACAGCAAGGCUAUGUAGGUUCUGUCAUUAUUGUUUUCCUUUUGAGGGUGUGGAUAUCGAUGUAUUAUAACACCCACACCCACACCCAAAAAUCUAUUAGCCGCCGCCGCUGAGACACUUUCAUUACAGCCGCCACGCCGCCGAUGCUUCGAAAUUUUCAAAUUUUCGAGCUACCGCCGCUGACAUCUAUUAUACAUAUCGAUAAAUUUUUAUUUAUAUUUUCCUCAAUUCUGUAUUGGUUAAAAAUUCUAAGUAAUCAUCUCAGCUGUUUAUAUCUACUAUAUAUAUAAGAAGAGAUGUGCAUUUUCAAUUUCGAUUAUCAAAAAUAAAAACAAACUUAUGUACAAUAGGUGCUUUUGCUUAUUAAGAAUUGCGUAGUGAUUUUUCAUUUGCUAGUUAUCGUAGUGAUUAUAUUUAUUUUUCAUUAAUUAAUAUUCUUGGUGGUUGUAUUAAUUGUUUAUCUAUUAAUAUUCUUGGUGAUAGUGGUAGCAAUACAAGUGGUACAGGAAAUAUGAAAAAUCAUUUACUAUCAAUCCACCAAGUAAGAGAAUCAUCACAAACAAAAACAACAAAUCAACAUAUUCUUUCCAUGUUUUCUCGUGAUCGUCAUUCGAUGAAAUCUUCACAAUUAAAACAACAGCUAGGUCAUCAGUUAACAUUAAUGUGUUAUAGAGAUCUUUUACCAUUUUCUAUCGUUGAAAAUGAAGAUGAAGCUAGAAAAGAUCUUGUUUUAGUUGUUUUACAUGAAUUUGGUAUAAAUUCUAAUAAUAUAAUUGUGGUUUCAGAUCAAGGUGCAAAUAUGCGUAAAGCAUGGAAAUUAUUAAACGCAAUACAUACAUAUUGUAUUGGCCAUGGUAUUCGCAACUAG